AUGGCUUCAUCUAAAAUAUUCUUAAUAACUUCUCUUCUCAUGGCUAUCAUGUUCUCCUCCAUGAUCACUUCAAGCCACGCCAUAAAACAAUUUACCAAGAAACAAACGUUAAAACCGAAGUUUUUUGGACACAAUUUCCCCAAACCCGGUUUUCCUCAGUUUCCAAGACCCGGUUUCCCCACAAACCCAAUGCCACUCCCUCAAUUCCCAAAACCUGGUUUUCCAAGCAACCCAACACCCGGUUUUCCUCAACUCCCAGGGCAAGGUUUCCCAAACAACCCCAUGCCUUUCCCUCAGUUUCCUAAACCCGGUUUUCCAAGCAAUCCAGCACCCGGUUUUCCUCAGUUUCCCGGUUUUGGUUUUCCAAAAUUCCCUCAGUUUCCAAAACCCGGUUUCCCUUCUUUCCCUCCAGCAACGCCUGGAACACUUAACCCCGUCCCAACCAUCUCCACUCCGCCCUCUCUCCCGGUUACUCCAACUGUCAGCCCUUGA